AUGGAUCGAACAAUUCUUUUGAUGAAAACCACCGCGCAGGGAGUUCCGUACCCUUCGCGCGUUGAAUUUUGUGGAGAUUCUUACUCAUCACGAAGAAGGGAAUGGACUGAUAUAAGAAUUGUGAGAAGACUGCAAGGAUCGCGUCACCAAGAGAGGCUUGCUGCUCGUAAUCAUUUCAGAGCGAUGCGUGAUAGUCAGCGAGCAGGCGGAAGCAAGCCUACCAGUGUAUUCAGGCUUGCAAUGGAUAACCUAAGGGAUGCGGAGCUUGUAGAGGAGUGUAUCAGGGAUUGUGAUACUCCAGAAUAUCUUACUUGUCCAUUGUUGGGCGAGCUUAUGAUUGACCCGGUGACAAUUGCCACGGGGAAGACAUUUGACCGACAGUACCUCAAGGAUUGGUUUGAGAAGAACGGGCAUAUCUGUCCUGUGACCGGCCAGCCUGUUUCAGGUGCCAUUGUCCGAAACGAGCGUAUCCGAGGGUAUUUGUACGAGUGGGAAGAAUCCAAGAUGGAGCGGAUCACCAAGGUCUCAAAAGAACAUGAAGUGAACUCACGUAGUAGUAGGAAUGACAGUAUAGUUCGUCAUAUUUCACUGCCUGUAUAUAUAUAUGUCUUGUGUGCUUCCCGAAUUACACUGCUGCUACUUUUUAUCUUUUACUGGAAAUAUAAACAGAUCAUUACAGUCUCUUGUGCCUAA